CUUUACAUGAUAAUUCUAUUGUUUGGUUAACAACUAUUCAAUUGAAAUAUAUUAGUAAAUUAUCUCGUUUAUUAGGUAUAGAACCAUUAACAUUAAAUAAACAAUUUAAAGAUAUAUUUCAUUCAACUAUAAAAACAAAUAAUACAACUGUUAUUUACGAAGAAAUUAAAAUACCACAAAUUGAAACAAUAUCGAAAUCAACUUAUAAUAAUGCUGCUGAAACACUUCUUCUAUCAGCUAAAUUUACAUCAACGAUUCAAGAAAAACUCUAUGAAGAAUAUCAUCAUUCUGUAUUACCAUCGGAUUAUUUGAAUUUCGAAACAUUUAAAAAUCUAAUAUUACGUAAAGGUUUAGAAUCUUCACAUAUUACAGAUUAUUUUCGUGCAUUUGAUUCAACACAACGAAAUUAUUUAACAUUUCUUGAUUAUUUACUUGGUCUUGCUGCAUUAGAUCCAAAUACUCAACAUGGUGGUGUACCAGCUGAACAACGUUGUCGUUAUAUAUUUCGUUAUUAUAAUAUCAAUAAUAAUCAACGAAUGACAUUUGAUGAAUUCAAAAUAAUGAUUAAAGAUAUACAUAAAAAUAAAGGACAAAAUUUAAUAGGUGAUGCAUUGAACGAUGAAACAUUACAAAUGUUUCGUUCAUUUGGACUACGAUCAUCUGAUCAAACAUUAAAUUUAAUGGAUUUUUUAUCAGGUGUUGGACAACUUCGAUUUCGUGGUACAUCUGUAUUAUUUCGAUUAACUAUGUCAAUAAGUGAUUGUUUUAAACGAACAUCAACACCAAAUACAUUAGUAAUACCAUCAUCAUCUUCGAAUAUAACCACAUCAAAUCGAACUUUAAGUACACUAACAAUGGCACGACGUUCUGGUACACAACAACAACAACAAAUAUCUGUUGAUGAUACACAUCCAUAUGAAAUUGCUACACAUAUUGUUAAAGUAAAGAGAACAGGUGUUGUUGUUGAUAUAACAUCAUUGUAUGAUUUGGAAAUAGCAGGAGCUAUAAGUGGUAGUACAGCUUUAUUUUUUGAUGAUGACAAUGGUAAAUUUGAUCGAAUCAAUAGUCAAGAUUGUUUUAAUCAACGUACACAUGCAAAUGAAAUGCUCAAUGGAUUACGUUAUUUUGAACGAGGAUCUAAAGAAGGAGGACCUGCAUUAAAAGAUGCUUUUACAUGGGGAAAAGUUGAUAUGUCAGCAAUGGCUCGUUGUUUAUUAGUUUUAUGUAAACAGAUUUAUUCAAUUUUUAUUAAAGAAAAUCGAUUGUUACGUGUUUCAUCAGCUUGUUAUAUUUUGGGUGAUUUACAUGGAAAUUUUCGUGAUUUAAUUUGUUUUGAAAAAACAUUCUGGCGACUUGGACCUGUACUUACACCAGCAUCCAUACUAUUUUUAGGUGAUUAUGUUGAUCGAGGUUUAGAAGGUGUGGAAGUUGUCGCUUAUCUUUUUGCUCAAAAAGUCCUUUGUCCACAUAAAGUUAGUUAA